CGGGGCGAUUAUUUCCUCAUUCAUUGCCUACAGGGCUGAGGGACUGUUUGCGCUUUAACGCACGGGUCGGUGGUGAAGUGGCGCACAUGACGCGUGCUACGGACGGACAGACAACCACGUAUCUAAAACAGGAUGAGGCUGCCACCUUAACAGAAAAAGCCGGUCCUGGUCAAGCAAGAACUGGGUCUACACUUAGGACACCUCCAAUCUGCUCCCCAACAUGCAGUCCUUUGGUGAAGAAAAGCCCCAAAAAGACCCUACAGCUUCCCAGUCCUCCAGAAUAUGUGGACUAUACUGACAGUUAGUUGGAGACUGGUGGAGUAUUAUUCCAUGCUACAAGAUAAAGACAAUGAAACAUAUGAACAUUUACAAAAACUUUCACAAGAGGCUACAGAAUAUGAAGUCCCCACAAAAGAGGCAGGGGCCCACACCAGAGAGGGGCCAGCCAAAGAAAAGGCGUCACAUUGACCUCUCCUCACGUGACAACGGAGAAGAUUAUGAUACAGACUCAAGUGACCAGGAUAGUCUGACGGCACAGGCCAGACAUUACAAGACUCUGAGGGAGAUGUACAGGAAAUCAAAACCCAACCAAGAUGCUGUUUCCCAAGUCCUUGCCCUUGAGGUUCAAGCAAGAAGAGCCUUCAUUGACAGUGAUGCCCUGAAAGAAGGGGACAGGCCAACAAAGAUCCUAGAUGCAUAUCUGUGUUUCAAGGACCUUCAUCAUGUGAUGGGUGAGCUGCGGCUGAUCCUGGAUAAGGGCAACAGCAAAUUCACAGAUGAAGUAAAGAAGAUGGGAAGACUUCUACUCCAAGUGAAAUACGCCAUUGCCCUGUUCAGGGCACUCCCCACACUCUUUCCUUCACCAACUGCACCGCCUAAGAAGCUGGGACAUGCCAGUGAGGCAUUGCUGAAUAACCUUCAGCCAACAGAGGAUCCCACCAUCUACCUCCAGAAGAGAGCUCUCUCCAUCCCUUUUUUGCUCUUUGAUAGAUCCAGCUGUCUUGUCGCAAUUGGAACUACUCCCUACCCAACACCACAUAUGCCAAGGAAUACCUCAGUGAAGGUGUGCUUUAUCUGAUGGGUUACUACUACACUCGCCCACGCAUCUUACACAUCCAAAGUGUGUAGCAAGUGUGCCCGGCGUCUGCGCGCCGCCAGCCUGCGCUCGAAUUGAAUUUUUUUUUAUUUGACCGCAACGCACUGUGACGACACCUCGCCGCGUCCAAUAGUGUGGAGUGUGGAAAAAAAAAUGGCGGAAAAAUUCAGAUCAACAGCAAGAUGGAGGAGAAAAUAAUUAUGGCUGUGUGCCUCUGUGACAAGCUCUGGGACACAAGAUUGCAGGCGUAUCGCGACCUU